AUGAGCAAUACGCAAGGUCAGUCGUGGACAGAGACAUUCUUCACUGACUGGCCUCUACCAGAUUGGAUCAAUGCAGGCCAUGAAGAUAAGCAAGAUGUCAGAAUUUUUAAUCCGCAGAAUAAAUGGAUGCUGGGAAGAUCCGCAGAUACCGGACGAUACUCUGUGUUUGGCAGAAUACAAGUUCUGUGGCUUCAUGUCCGACGUGGAGGGAUAUUCCACCGCCAGCAUGUGGCUAAGAUUUUCCCAGAGUACACUGAACAUGAUGCGGAAAUGCAGCUUAGACGCCGGCCCCCACGUUUCCCUAAGACGGCCAAGGAGCUUAGGGAUGAACUUGAUUGGUUUACCAAUGAACUUAAAGUGUUCAGUCGCAUUGACGCGUCAUGUACAAGCUCUCAAAGGAUCUACUUCCCUGGAUUUCAUGGUGUCAUUGCCGAUCUCGAGAAGUGUCUUGGCAGCCCCUAUGCUAAACAUCGAGCAAUUGCCCUAGAAUGUAUCAGGCCAAAACUUUCAGCACGACGAAUCCUAGCAGCAUGCGACGAACAUAGUCAUGGGAAUGAGUUCAGGGAUAAGCUGAGAGGUCUAGGUUCCCUGAGUGAUUUCGAAGUGGAAUACUAUGACUCCCUCUUCACUGACCGUGUUCGCCGACUUCUGACCACUUCAGACUUCCGAUGGAUUUUUUUUGAUACAGUUCUAUAUGACUUUUCCCACUCAUACACCUUUUCACCGGUCAAGCCCUACUCAAUUAAGCGUGGCCAACCGCGUCCAUUAAAGAAUAUAUCAUGGGGCGAACAGACCGAGGUCGAAUCGCUGGUAUUUGAACGGGCAGAAAAGCUAGACCUUCGUGAAUAUCUCGUUAAAAUCACCGAGGCCACUCAGUCAGUGAUCAUGGAUGCUCUAUUUCAACCUCUCCAAGAGGAAACGUUGGAACUACUAAUCCUGAAAGUUAGAUUCCGACCUGAUGCCUUCUCCAUGCCGUCGGUAAAUUCGGUCUUCCCUUUUCUAGAGGGUAUCCGUCCAGAUGGGGACAUCACCUGGCAUAUACGUCGAGCUCGAAUAGUAGAAGCCUAUACAUCGAUUUGGUUAAUCUCCAGGAAAGACAGAUCAGGGAAAACCGCAAUAGAGUUCCUUACCGAACAAAGUCAUCCGAAAGACAGUGAAGAGGAAAGAAUGAAGUACUUGCUUUGUCUGAUACCUACGACAUGGGAGGCGGAGCAUAUCCACAGCCAAAUUAUCAAAGUCUGCUCGUCUUUGUCAUCUGUUGAUAAUGGCUGCAUCAAGUCUUGCGAUGAUCUUAUGCAACAUGCAUGA